AUGUAUUCAACUAAUUGGAAAUAUAAUUAUGUUGAAAUGAAUUAUCGCUAUUUAGAUUAUCGAACAGUAUCAAUUGAUUAUCAACGAUGUAAUUGUGGAAUAUCAUCAAAAUGCACUCAAUCAUCACAAGAUAUGAUGGCUGGUUGUUAUCCAUUAGAAGCUUUUCUACAAUCAGCACUUCAAUGUUUUUAUAAUCAACAAUGUAUUGAUCCGAAGAUGACUUUCAAAGCAUUAAAUUUUUCAUCUUAUUCGACUGAAUAUGGUAAAUUUACAUUAGAUAAUGAAAAUGAAAAUUAUAAAUUACAUAUACCUCAAUUUUAUUCGAAUAUAUCAACAACUGGUGAUUCACUUUCAUCAUUAUGGGAUAAUGCUAAUGGAGCAUCAUUUUCUACAUUUUAUCAUGAUUGUGAUAAUUUAUUUUUGAUAAUUGUGCUUUAA